GUGCUUACUCAUUUAAAAUGGAUUAAACGUCAGAAUAAUUAUUGGAAUUUAUCAAGAUUUUCUGGAUGAUGCAAAUUACUAUCAAAAUAUCGCACUUUGCUCUAUCAGCUUGGUGCUUGAUAUCAUGUGUACAAGGAUCUUUAACAUGGAAAUUUCCAGGAACAGGAAACCCUCGCUGUAACGAGAUGGAACCACUGAACAAUACUAAUGGUAGUUCGUCGGAGCUCGAGUCCGAUAAAAAAUUCUAUGAACUUGCCGUCUUCAUCAAUGGGGUGAUUCUUUAUCCGUGUAUAUGCAUUCCAGGCUUACUUGGAAACAUUCUCACACUAGUGGUUUUAUCACAGACGAAUAUGCUUUCUUCUACCAACGCAUUCCUGAGUGCUCUUGCGGUGUCAGACAUGGUUAGCCUGAUAAACGACAUAAUAUAUUUCUCCGUAAUGGUCUUAUCGAAAUCAAACCCGGAAGUGGCGUAUCACAUUUACGUUCAUGUGUACCCGUUUGCUCAUUUUGUUUUCAACAUUGCUAACUCAGUCUCGUCAUGGCUAACGGUGUCAGUUGCAAUAGAACGAUUUUUGCUCGUUUGUUUUCCCGCAAAAUCUCGAACUAUGUGUACACGACCACGUGCUAUUGCAGGAACUGUGGUUAUCAAUGCUGUGAUGCUGAGCGUUUCAUUGCCAUACGCUCUCCGAUACAAAGCAGUCCCCGUCUUCGACGGCUCAAGUAAUACGACUUUGCUACAGCUCAAUUUAACCGACUUGUGGCAGGAUGAGCAGUUUUCAGUUUACUACUCCUGGUGUAUAAAUUUUCUCAGGUGCAACAUACCUCUUGUCAUUUUGAUCAUCCUUAAUGCCUGCAUCAUCAAAGCGCUUUUAAAACUUCGUGCUAAGAAUAGAUCACGAUAUAUACAUCGACAGAGGGUGACGUUCAUGCUUAUUAUCAUUAUCAUGAAGUUUUUAUUAUGUACAACGCCAGAUGCCAUUUUGUCGACAUUUUACGGGUAUGGAUACACGGAAGACAAUUAUCGAGUCCGCGGGAUCCGUGAAUUUACAGACAUGCUACUUGCCUUAAAUGCCGGCACCAAUUUCGUUGUUUACUGCGUGUUAAGUGUGACAUUUCGAAUGAACUGCAGGAAACUGUUCUGUCAUAAGGAAAUUCCAAAUGGUGCUUCAAGGGACAAAAAGUCCGUGUAUAAGCUCUUGUCAGAUAAAUCGAUAUUUUGGAAACAAAACAAGAAAAACAACAGUAGCCUUUGAGUUUGUGGGAAACACAUAGCCCUUUGAAAUUCUAACAAAUGAGGUGCCAUAACAUUUUUCUUAUCGUUAUUAUUCUUUUAUAUGAUUUUCCGUCCCCUUGUAUUCUGUGUAGCUCGUUAAUCAUGAUCAGGCCCCGGGGUAAUGACGCAUGAGCUUAAUUCAAUUCCUCCGAAAUGGUUUAGAAGUCAGACAAAAAGUGCUGUUCAUAAUCGCACCAUCAAACUCCUGUUGUCUGCAAAUAAAAAAUUUCAGUACGUCUUACACCUCUGACUGAAAUUUCGACCUAAGUCAAAGUUUGUCAUGAUCCCGGGGCCAAGACUCUUUCAAUGUACAAGUAUAGAAUGUUUAUAUAAUUAUAUCUAUUUUUUGCGGAAUUAAAACAAUUAUUUUCUAUUCUGAAAGAUGAAACAUUGCAUCACACACUGAAUGAUUUUAAUUAGUUAACAAGACUCGUGAGGAAAAAUCCAAUA